AUGUGGACUGAUAACCCUAUUGCUAACAAUGUACCAUGUUUAGGUUGCCCUCUACGGGAAACAAAUAAAAUUAAUAAAAAAAAACUUUCAGGGUAUAUUCUGGUAGCACUGCUAGUGGCGCCCUCUAUGGGCAUGCGGACCGUCGAGCCGCCUCCUCCAAACACAAACUCCAGAUCAUACGUACAUGAACACUGGUUCAACGUCAGAUUGAAUCAUUUCAUGGCACACAACAAUGAAACAUUCCAAAUGCGAUUCUAUUACAACGACGAAUUCGCAGUGAUAGAUGCUCCCACGAUUGUCGUCUUCGUGGGUGGUGAAUGGUCGAUAUCACCAGGAUGGGUGAGCGGCGGGCUGGCUCAUCAGUUCGCUACAGCCGUUAACGGUGCAAUAUUCUAUACUGAACACCGGUAUUACGGUCUCACUAGACCCACUGCAAAUACUACCGUCCCUGACCUACGAUACCUGAAUGUAGAUCAAGCUUUAGCAGAUCUGGCACAGUUCAUUCAAUACGUCAAGAGUUAUGAAUUUCACAAAGGGAAAUACACGUACAGCAAAGUGGUACUGGUGGGAUGUUCGUACGCGGGCAGCAUGGCCACAUGGAUGAGACUGGGCUACCCUCAUCUGGUUGAUGCUGUCUUCUCUGACAGUGGACCUUUACAUGCUCAAGAGAAUUUUCACGAAUAUUUGGAGGUAGUAACAGAAGCCUUGCUUCAUCAGGGCAGCGAGGAAUGUGUCUCCAGCAUUGCUGAUGCUGUGGAGCAAGUGGUAGCUCUCCUCGACACAGAAGAUGGAGCGGACAGAGUUUCGACACUGUUUAACACCUGCGCACCCUUCAACAUAUCAUCCCCUCUGGACAAGCCGACCUUCUUCUGGUGGGGCAUCACGGAGGCCUUCGCCUACCUGGUCCAGUACGCCACUCCAGGGGAUAUACCUACCGCUUGCGAUGUCUUAACUGACCCUGAUGUUUCGGAUCCUGUGCAACGGCUUGCUAAUUGGAUUACAUCUCAAAGCUGGGCUCAGCCGUGCAUCGAAUCCAGAUACUCUGAGGUGGUCGCCGCCCACACUAACACUGACUACGAUUCACCGAACUCCGUUAUGCGUCUGUGGACCUACCAGACCUGCGUGGAGUACGGAUGGUACCAGACCACCUCCAGUGAGUUCCAACCGUUCCUGUCCACGGUACCACUGGAGUACUUCCAUCAGAUGUGCAAGGAUUUCUUCUCUGUUGAUUUCGAUUACUUGCUAUUGAGGAGAGGUAUCAGGAGGACUAACAACUUGUUCGCGGGUCUCACUCAUCUGCCGGACUACUCAGUGACGGUCAUGGGGGGUCACGACCCGUGGUCACCGAUGGGCCCCAACGCGGGUCAUGCGACCCCCAAAGCGUCAGUAUACGUCGUGCCUGGAGUAUCACAUUGCAGAGCGAUUAGAUCAACAAAAGAUAGCGAGACAGAAGAGCUGGAAAGAGUAAAGUGGGCUGUUUUAAAUGACUUGCAUCAGUAUAUUAAGGGGCAUCCCUUAAUUCCAGAUGGAAGUAACACAAUUACAGUUCCAGCAGUACUGCUUAUCACAGCUGCAGCGUUCGCAAUGAUCUGAGUUGAUAUUAAACUUCUAGAAUCACACCGGAGAAGAGUUCAAUCUCUAUUCUUAUAAUAUCAUAUUGACGGACUCGGUGGUUUAGUGUGUUAGCACGCUUCACUUCCGAUGAUCGCGGGUUCGAUUCCUCGCAUGGUACAUACAUUUGUAUUCAUGAGUAUGAUUGUUUGUAUCGGUCUGAGUGUUUUCUAUAAUAUAUUGUAUUUAGAAAAAAAUGCAAGUAUUUGUAUCAGUUGUCUAAUACCUAUAAUACAAGCUCUACUUAGCUUGGGACUGAAUGGCGCUGUGUGAAAUGUCCAGGAUAUUCUAUUAAUUAAUUAAAAUAAAUCACAAAUACACAAAUAAAUGUGCAUAAAGCGGACUUAACAGCUUGACAUAUUUUCUCCCAGUCAAACAUUG